AUGAGUAAAACACCUCAGAAUAAUAAUACGGCCAACACAUCGAAUGAAGCACAUCAAACAUUAUUAAUUAAUCCACCACAGAAUACUCAAAAAGCAAAAACUUUUCCUAGUGAUCGUUUAAUAAAUAUUCUUGUUGGUAUCCUUGCAUUAUUAUUCAUUAUUGUAUUAAUACUUACAAUUUUUCUAGCUAUACAUUGUUAUUCAAAUACACAUUAUUUUACUAAGAUACUAGUAGCACAAAACAAAACUAAUAUAGUAACUGAUCAGCUUGUUUCAACAACUGUUAUACCACCCAUAAUAAUAAACAGCUUUCGCUCUGUAGGUGGAUUUGCUGCACCUCAAGGAAAAUAUAUGGAAAAUAAUGAUGUCGCUGCUUUCGACGAUUAG